AUGGAGUGGAAACUGGAGCGCACCGCCCGGAGGAGGGUCCGGACAGAAGAAGAGAUGAUGUGGGAGAAUGUCAUGCGGGUGCUCGCCAAAGACCUGAAGCAGAAGAGAAGUCCAGGUUCUCCCAGGACAUUUGAUGAAGUUAAGACUACAUAUUCUAGCUUCAAGAGCAACUUUGUGAAGAGGUUGUCUGCUGAGGUUCCCAUCGCCAGUAGCCCAGUUACCACCAGAGGGCGGCAAAGCCAAACCAGGGAUCUGGCAGCCUGCUCCUCUGGGGAAGAGCUUUCAACCACUUACCUCCCAGAAGCUUCCGGAUCCAUGCUGAAGAUAACACCUGAGAAAGAGACUCUGAUUCUAGGGUCCUACCAAGAACCACUGAAGACACCCAUCAAAAGGAGUUUUGAAACAAGUAACUCUGCUCUCCAUUUUUGCAAGGCAGCUCAUGCACUGGACAGAGGCUGGAAUGAAAACGUUGCCUCAAAAGGCCAGGUCUUCGUGGCUAACACCAAGGCAGUGAGUAACGAUCUACUUCUUGGCUGCAGAGAUGGAGUCAGAGAUGAAUCCUUCCAUCUUAAAAGAGUCAGUGAUAGAGACUAUUCCAUACUCCAGCCGGAAGUGAAGAUUCAUCUUACUGGUCUUCGAAAUGACUAUUCUAUUGCUAGAACCCAGGCUCGAGUUUUCUGUUGGAAACCUGCCCCUUUACCUCUGUGCAGCGGGUCGAGGCUGGGCCGUGUUUCUCAUCACGAUGUUCGGGUUGCCCAGCAUCACGUUGGAACACUUCACCACAAGCAAGCUGUCUGUGCUCUCAAGUGGUCCCCUGAUGGCAGGCUGCUUUCCAGUGGUUGUAGUGAUGGACUGCUGACGAUAUGGCCCCAUGACCCGGGUGCGAAAGCCCAGGUUCAACCGCUGAAAGUUAUACCCCAACCUACAGCAGUCAAGGCCAUGGAUUGGUGUCCCUGGCAGUCUGCAGUCCUUGCUGUUGGAGGUGGAAUGGAAGAUGGACACUUACGUGUUUUGGAUGUAAAUACUGGUCAAAGCAUCCAGACCCCAAGCACAAACUCACAGAUUUGUUCGCUAAUCUGGCUACCUAAGACAAAGGAGAUUGCAAGUGGCCAAGGUAGUCCCAAGAACGAUGUGACUGUGUGGGCCUGUCCUGGUCUGGCCAGGUCGCGUGGAUUUUUGGGCCCCAGAGGCAGAGUGCUGCACCUGGCUUUGAGUCCAGACCAGACCCGGGUGUUUUCUGCUGCAGCUGAUGGCACAGCCUGUGAAUGGAAUUGCUGUCGCUCAGCUCCUCCACGAGCUCCAGUUUCCUCGCUUCGAAGUGAGAAUAGUGACAGUGGCCUUGUCUUCUCCAUGGAUUUGUUGUGA